AUGAGUUGCUGGGCGCCGUUGGCGCGGCUGGGGGCGUGCGCGCCGAGCAACGGCAUCGUGGCGUGUCUGAACGCGUGCGACGGCCCCACCAUCGACUGCUACGACACCUGCUACACCGACUCCGGCUGGCUCCCACCGCUCUCCACCGCUGAGCUCAUCGCGUUCCCCAUCUCCGCUUGCUGCCUGCUGGCCAUGUCGCUUGUUAUCUCCUGCAUGAUGUCGUCUACUCUCGGACUCGAUAUGGCCACGUUGCAGGCGGCAAUGGAUGGAGUGGACGAGCGGCUGAGGUGGCAGGCUGCCAAGGUGGCAGCGCUGCGCACACGUGGCAGUCUGCUGCUCACCACGCUAUUGGUCGCCAGCACCAGCGUCAACGUCAGCUUCACGCUCUUCGUCUCAGGCGUGUUGGGCAUGGUGAUGGGGUUUGUCCUCUGCGUGCUGCUCAUCCUGCUCUUCGCUGAAACCACUCCUCGCAUUCAUCCCACCCGUUACGCCACUCCCCACUGCUCUCCACCCGCUGCUCCUCCCAGGCGUGUUGGACAUGGUGAUGGGGCGUGUUGGGCAUGGUCAUGGGCUUCAUCCUCUGUGUGCUCCUCAUCCUGCUCCUCACCGUGUUCCACCACUCUCCACCGCUUUCCACCCCGCUCUCCCAGGCGUGUUGGGCAUGCUGAUGGGAUUCAUCCUCUGUGUGCUCCUCAUUCUGCUCUUCGUCGAAAUCGCUCCCCCGGCCAUCUGUGCGCGCCACUCCCUCCGCAUCGCCUCCGCCACCGCAUGGCUCGCCCGCCUGCUGCUGCUGCUGCUCUCGCCCGUGGCUUACCCCGUCAGCCUGCUGCUGGACCGGUACCUCAACAACCAGGAGGACGAAGAGGAGAGCAGCUUGCGACGUGGGCUCCUGUGCGGGUGAGUGUGCUUUUGUGUGUGGGAAGAGUGGGAGAUGGAGAGGGAGAGGGAAAAGGAGAGGGAAAAGGAGAGUCAGCCACACUCCCUCCGUAUCGCCUCCGCCACCGCAUGGCUCGCCCGCCUGCUGCUGCUGCUGCUGUCGCCGGUGGCAUAUCCCGUCAGCCUGCUGCUGGACCGAUACCUCAACAACCAGGAAGACGAGGAGGAGAGCAGCUUGCGACGCGGGCUGCUGUGUGGGUGAGUGUCCUUGUGUGUGUGGGAGAGUGGGAGGGAGAGGGAAGGGGGGAGGGAGAGGGGAUGGGAGCCACUCGCUCCCCCCGCCAUCUGUGCGCGCCACUCCCUGCGCAUCGCCUCUGCCACAGCGUGGCUCGCCCGUCUGCUGCUGCUGCUACUGCUGCUGCUGCUGCUGCUGUCGCCGGUGGCAUAUCCCGUCAGCCUGCUGCUGGACCGAUACCUCAACAACCAGGAAGACGAGGAGGAGAGCAGCUUGCGACGCGGGCUGCUGUGCGGGUGAGUGUGUGUGCGCGCGUGAGGGGAUGGGGUGACAGAGGCUCCAGCUGUGCGGAUCCCUACUGCAUGAAGCACGGCGGCUCAGCGGGCUCCUCCCCUCGCAUCUACAUCACCAACCCCCUCGCCAACCCGCCCUCCCUCGAAUUCCCCGACACCACCGCCUCUGCCCUCGACACUGGGAGUGCUGCUCCUGCUGCUCCUCCCGCUGCUUCUGCCGGUGCUGCUGCUGCUGCUGGUGGCGCUGCUGCUGGUGCCGCAGCCAUAGCCGUCGGCACAGCAGCAGCAGCAGCAGCAGCAGCAGCGGGUGGUGCUGCCGUUGCUGGCGCAGCAGCAGGAGCAGGAGCAGGAGCCCAGCCUACCUCUGCCUCCUUCUCAUCCCGAGAAGCAGGGGGGGCUGCGGGGGAAACAGGCGAGCAGACGGAGGAGAGGGAUGAAGAGGAAGAAGAGGAGGAGAGUGCGGCGCUGUAUUCAGAGGACAUGGACUCCAACACCAGAAUGCACAUGGCUGGAUUCGGCGCCAUGCCCCCUAGGUCUGGCCAGUCUGGCCAGUACGACUCGAGUCGCUCCAAGCCCGUCAGCGGCGGCAGCGACUCUCCCCUGCGGCGCCGAAUCGAGCAGGCAGCUGACCGGGCCGCUGCUGCUGCUGGUGCUGGUCCCUCCACGCCUGCUGGUGCCAGCACUGGUGGGGGGGAGAGCGGGAGGAAAACGGAGAGUGGGGCGAUAGGAGAGAGUGGAGCGAUCGGAGAGAGCGGGGAUGAGGUGGCGAUGGCGCUGCCUGUGGGGGAGAGUCAGGAGUAUACGAGUGUGGAGGUUGGGGAGGAGGGGGAGGGGUACAGCACUCGGGAGGAGGAGAGUAGUGAGAAGGUGGGGAGGGGAGGGAGAGGAGGGAGUGGGAGAGGAGGGAGAGGAGGGAGUGGGAGAGGAGGGAGAGGAGGGAGUGGGAGAGGAGGGAGUGGGAGAGGAGGGGAGGAGACGGCAGAGGAGUCGGACGAAGUGCCGAUGGCACUGCCAACGUCUUCUGAUGAUGUUGAUACGGAGUCAGACGACCAGAGGAGGAACCUCGGACGGACUCCGCCGCAGCCCCCCCCUCCACCACCCACUCCCGCCACCCCUGCCGCUGAUUCCCCUGCUGGUGCCGCUGCUGCUGGUGUGGUAGCGGGGGCAGCAGUGGGGGCAGCGGCUGGAGCAGCAGCAGCCGCAGCAGCGGGAGGAGGGAUGGGGUUGAGAAGCAGACCAGUGAUGCACGAGACGAUAGUUGAGAUUGGGUCUGAAGGGGAAGGAGAGGAGGAGGAGAGUGAGGAUGAGAGGAGUGAGGAGGAGGAUGUUGUAGAGGCAGAGGCUUAUAGCGGGGAUAGUGGUGCUGUGCAAUCAGGGGCAGCAGGAGGGGUAGCAGCAGGAGCGGCAGGAGCAGCAGGAGCAGCGGCAGCAGGAGGAGCAGCAGUUGGAGGAGCAGCAGGAGCAGCAGUAGGUGGUGCUGGUACCAGUGGUGCUGCUGCUUCCACUUCAGCAGCGUUGACCCCACCACCUGCCAUAGCAGCAGGAGCAGCGGAAGGAGCAGGCACAGCAGGAGCAGCAGAAGCAGGAGGAGGAGCGGCAGGGGCGGGAGGGAUGAGUGUGGCUGAGGGAUUUGCAGCAGCAGCCGCAGCUGUGGGUGCAUUUGCGCUCAUGCCAUUCCGAUGGGGGCAGAAGCAGCCGACGCAGCAGGAGGAGGAGAAGCAGCAGCAGGGUGAGAAGAAGGAACCAUCACCACCAGCAUCCCCAUCAGGGCGGAUACAAGUGGUUGUGCACGGUACAGGGGGGCCAGGAGGGGUAGGAGGACCCAGCAGCAGCAGCGGUGGCAGCUGGAGAGACAACAGCAAGGAUGUUGAUAGCAAGGGAGACUCUUUGCCAGGAGGACCCAUGGGUCCAUCCCCUCUCCCUCCCCCACCUGCUGACCCCCGCCUCUCCGCCUUUCCCCCUACCGCCCCUCCCCCUCCCGCUGGCCCUUCCGCCUCCCCCUCCUUCCCCCUCCGACCCACACCCGCGCCCGCUCCCCCCGCUGCCUUCCCUGCGUCCUCCGAAGCGCCCUCCUUUCCCCUGCGGCCGAUUCCUGCUGGUGCGGCUGCUGGUGCCGCUGCUGGUGCUGCUUUAGCCAGUGGCAGCGGCCGUGGGGGUGGGGGAGAAGCGGCGGAAGAGGGGAGGAGCAUGGGGUUUGAGAGGGACGAGUCUUGGGCCACGGCACCUGAAGGGGGGAGGAGUGUGAGGUUUGGGAGAGAUGAGUCAUAUGCAACAGCAUAUGAUAGUGAAGGGGGUGGUGGCGGUGAGGAGGAGGGUGAUGGAGCCGGUGCUUCUGCUAGCGCUGCUGCUGCUGCAGCAGGGGCAGCAGGGGUGGCAGGAGCGGCAGGAGCAGCAGGAGGGGUAGGGGAGAGGGAGGGGAGUGAGAGAGAGUGGUCGUUUGCAUCGAGUGAGGAGGAGGAGGAGGAGGAGGAGGAGGAGGAGGAGGAGGAGGAGGAGGAGGAGGAGGAGGAGGAGGAGGAGGAGGAGGAGGAGGAGGAGGAGGAGGAGGAGGAGGAGGAAGAGGAGGUGCCUGUAGGUGAAGUGUUGACGUCAGGAGAGCAAACGAGUGGUCAGAUGCAGCAACAGCAGCAGUGGCAGCAGCAGCAGCAGCAGCAGCAGAUGGGUGUUGCUGCGGCGGGUGCGGGUAGGAGGAGGAAGGAGGUUAUUGAGGAGGAGGGUGAAGAGGAGGAGGAGGAGGAGGAAGAAGAAGAGGAUGAGGAUGAGGAUGAGGAUGAGGAUGAGGAUGAGGAUGAGGAUGAGGAGGAGGAUGAGGAUGAGGAGGAGGAGGACGAAGAAGAUGAGGAGGAUGAGGAAGACGAAGAGGAGGAUGAGGAAGAAGAUGAGGAGGAUGAUGAGGAGGAGGACGAGGAGGAGGAUGAGGAGGAGGAAGAGGAAGAGGAAGAUGAUGAGGAAGAGGAGUAUACAGAGACAGAGGAGGGUACAGAAGAAGUUACGGAGGAGGUAACUGGGACAGAGGAGGUUACAGGGACAGAAGAAGUGACAGGGACAGAAGAAGUGACAGGGACGGAGGAGGUAACAGGGACAGAGGAAGUUACAGGGACUGAGGAGGUUACAGGGACUGAAGAAACGGCAAACAUUUAUGAGGAGGAAGAGGAGGAGGAGGAGGAAGAGGAGGAGGACGAGGAGGAGGACGAGGAGGAGGAAGAGGAGGAGGAGGAAGAGGAAGAGGAAGAGGAGGAGGACGAGGGGACAGAAGUCACAGAAGUGACAGAGGAUUAUGAGGAGGAGGGAGAAGGGGAGGAGGAGGAGGACGACGAAGGAGAGGAGGGGACAGAAGUCACUGAAGUGACAGAGGAUUAUGAGGAGGAAGGAGAAGGGGAGGUUGAAGAGGAGGAGGAUGAGGAAGGGGAGGAGGAGGGACUGAGGCAACGGAAAUGA